AUCUACCGAUCGUUUUCUCCAUCGUGCGCAUCUUUUGUCGGAUGACGAUGGCGUACACGAAAAGUGUAGACGAGCUCCAAGAACUCCUGCGACAAGCGGAGCAGCGCGCCGAAGACGCAGAGCGAGAUCGACAGGAGGAACGACAACGAGCCGAGAGAGAGCAAGAACGUGCCGAGAGAGAGCAACAACGCGCCGAGAGAGAGCAACAACGCGCCGAGGAUGCCGAGGAACAAACUCGACUCACGACGUUCAUCGAGUACAUCGUCGCCUGCCACAUCCAUGUCUUCCUCAAACUUGUCGUCGAAACAGACAAAAAACUGACAUCAAAGGGCUCUAUUACCAACCCCCGCAACAAGUGGUGUCCAACGCAUCUUCGACCAUGGCCUGACUUUUUGGAACAGCAGAGAGUCAUCUUCGGUACGCUCCACGAUAGCUUUCCUACCGACAGUCGCCUAUUUGAGAGCCGCGGUUUUCUAGCCGGCUUGGGUCACCGGAUCUCUCAGCGACCGAUAGCAAACGAGAAGACGCUCGAAUUCUUUUUACACAACAGUGUAGAAGACCCAGUCAGAACAAUAUCAGAGCAACUCAAACAUGUGGAGAGUGUCAGACGCGCAUUUGACAUGGGCAGAGGAAUUGUCUUCGAGAACCAUCCCCACGCCAUCAGCGAUGUCGCUCAAGAGGUGGCCGACCGUCAAACUCCCUCGACACCACAGACACCUGACCACAGACAUGACCUCAAUCAGCUGCGUCCUGAUCAGAUCUGCGUCUACCGAUCCAACGACGGACCCUCGGAAAGUCGUACCAUGGUCUUCGUUUCCGAGUACAAGCCACCCCACAAGCUAACCACACCACACCUACGUCUCGGUCUGCGGGCCAUGAACAUUCCGAAUGACGUCGUCAAUCGCAAAACUAUUCCAACUUCCGCCGCCCCGGAUGCACUCUUCCAAUACCACGCGGAGAGACUGACAGCAUCCGCCGUCACGCAGACCUACCAUUACAUGAUCGAGGGCGGUCUUGAGUAUGGUCUCGUGACGACAGGCGAAGCGAUCGUGUUUCUCAAGGUCGACUGGGAGGAGCCGGAAACACUGUAUUACCACCUCGCGGAACCCGGUCCGGAGGUGGCUGCCCAUCCUGAGCACUCUCACGUCUGUACGGCCGUCGGUCAGUAUCUGGCUUUUAGCCUCUUGGCUCUUGGCUCACCAGGGCAACGGCGUAUACAUGGACAGGAACAGCGCCGGCGGGUGACCUUGGGCCUGAGAACGUGGGCACAGGACUUCGAAAUGACACUGCGAUCGAUUCCCGAGAGCGAAAGAUCGCUUUCGAGCGGCUCAUCAGGCUACAAGCCGACUACCUACGAAGGGUUCGACCGAUCACCGCAUGCGCGUCGUUGGAAGAGACGUCGAGCCAGUCGAGGAGACCAGGUCGAUAGGGGAACGUUAAGAAGGGAUCAACCGGAGUCAUCUGAUGACGAGUUGACACCCAAUCCGCCGGAUACCCCAACCCCGAUGGAAACGCGAUCACGGAGGAGAAGAAGACAGGAAACUAAAUCUAAUCAGGACGCUAUGUCCCGACAACCACGAGGAGGCGGUGAGAAAGGCCGGGCAUACUGCACACAGAAAUGCCUACUGGGGCUGGUUAGGAGUGGUUUCCUUGACAGAGACUGCCCCAACAUAGCGCUCCACACCGGACACGAUCGCCAUGACCGCAAUGAACGCCGUUUCCGUGCCCGAAAACGUGCUUCUACCCACGCACCUCACCCGGUCAACCAUACAGAAUGGCUUCAACUUCUCCGAAAGCAACUAGAGCAAUCACUGGACGACGGAAUCAGGCCGCUAUACGUGAGUGGCGCCCGCGGUGUUCUCUUCCAGGUGACCAUGAUUGCGUACGGCUACACAUUCGUCGGCAAGGGAACGGUGCAGGCCUUCAUCCGCGACCUCGAGCAUGAGGCUGCCGUCUACGAGCGCCUCCGGUCGAUUCAGGGAGCCAACGUGCCUGUGUUUUUGGGCGCCAUCGACCUGCGGCCAAUGAAAAAGAUCUACUACUAUGACCAUCGGGUGUAUGUGGUCCAUUUGACAUUUCUGUCCUGGGGAGGGCAUCGCAUCGACGCAAGCGGAAGCUUCGAAGGCAAGAGGAACUUACUUGAGAAGAUGGCAGUGCGGUCGUUGCAAGCCGUACAUGAACACGGGGUGGUCCACAACGAUGUGCGGGUCGCUAACAUGUUGCUGAAUCUGGAAGUGAAUGGAGUCAUGAUGAUCGACUUUGAACGAGCGCAGUUGGUGCCAAACAAGAGAACGCCGAACCAGGAGGCAGUGGGUAUGUACAAGAACACUGGGGAUUCAAGUGUGUCGAGUCAAGGAUUCUUACAAGAUCUUUUGAUGGCGAAGAUGGCGGUCUGAGAUGGGAAGCGAUAAGCCGGGCUUUUUGUAAUGUCGGUCACCUUGGUCGAUGGGUGUUUGGCCUAGAAAUCACUUGGGGCUACCGGAAGGCCUUCCUCGGUUUGCACUCGGACCCUCCGGUUGUUGAACAUCACUUUCCAUUCCAGAACGUACCAAAGACACGUCGGAGGCAAGUCGUCGUACGUCUGGUCUGGAUCCCAGUUAGCAUACGGCACAAAUGGCAACGUCCUUCGGGCAG